AUGGAGCCCACCCACUCCGUGCCGAUGGGGCCCACCCACUCGAUGCAGGCUCGCGCAGAGCUCGCCCGGCUGCUCCGGGCAAUCCCCCACAUCGAGGAGGGCCUCUGCUGCCAAGAAGGGUGCUCUGACAAGCAGCUCGUCGAGUCCCUCCUCAAGUACGACUCGCCCUUCGCGCUGCUCCGCAGCCUGGGCGUCGACUCUGGCACCGCCUCCACCGCCUCGCGCCUGCUGAAGGAGGCCGAGCUGUCGCCCAAGGUCCGCGACGUGGCGCGCAACAUAGAAGCAAAGCUCGCGGUGACGCCGCCGCCGUCGCCCGCCAGGAUGGUGAGGCGGAAAAGCGACAUGGCCGACGUCCCGGACAGCGCAUACGACUGGAAGAAGGACGCGCUGGACGCCAAGGUCUUCCCGCCGAGGAAGCGCGCUGUCGACCCGCCCCUGUCGCAGGCGUCCAGGUUUCACCUGGCGCAGACCUUCAGGGCUGCCUGCGUCAAGGACGGCCCGUGGAUGGCUGGGGCCGUGCCCUGUGUGACGCCGCGCGGUACGGCGGUGAUGCAUGCCGUGGAGAGGGCGGUGGCCGAAAAGUUUGCUGUCAACGCCCCGUCCGUGGAAACUGGCCUCAGGGCCCUAGACAUGGCGAAGCUGUACCUCCAGCAUGGCGCGCCGCAGUUGGCGAAGGAGACGUGGACCCAGACCUCGCCAAGAGCGCCUACAGUGGCAUCCAGUGCGUCCAGCCAAGCGAAGGUGUACAUGGACAUGGCCAGUGUCAUUGACGUCGAGGCCACGGACGAGUGCCUUGUGGGGAGGAACCUCGCAGGCGAGUUCGCUCAAGAGUUGGAGCCGCCCAAGCCGUCCAUGGAGCUGAUCACGACCCCCACGAUGGUCAGCCUCGUCGAGGAGGGGGAGGAGGAGGCCACGGCAGAGAACGAGGAGGGUACUACCCCCGCGCCUGUCAAGGAGCUGGCCGAGCUUGACGAGCCCAGGCCCGACCUCGAGCCGGCGGCGCUGCAUGCGGCGGCCGGCGCCGCCAGCGAGGAGGGCGCGCCGGCGGGGCUGGAAGCAGAUGGGCCGGAGCAGGCUGCGCACGCCGAUCGCGCCGAGGUCCGGGAGCUGUCUCACGACAGCGACGGCGGCCUCCUGCCAAGGAAGGGCGUGGUCGGCCAGCUGUGGGCGCCCACGGGGCUGGCCGCGUCCGCGCGCGAGGGCGCCUCGUCCCGCAGCCGCGCGAGGGGCCGCGCGGAGCGCCCCAGCGCCUCGCAGGACUCGAAGAGCACCUGCUAUACUUACGUCAGGUUCACGCUCCUCGCUCGCCGCCACCACUGCCGCCAGUGCGGCAGGUGCAUCUGCGGAGGGUGCUCGCCCUUCCGCGUCCACCUGGAGGAGCCCCUGUCGGGCGGGCGCUGGCCCCCGAAGGCGUGGGUGAGGGCCCUCGAGGAGCACAUGGGGCCCCUGGACCUCGAGGUGAGCCGGGAGAGGAGCAACAACCUGCAGCACGGCAGGCACCACACGCCGUACGCCGCCGAUCUCUUCCGGCUGGCCUUCAGGAACUUCGCCAUCUGCGAGGGCAGGCUCUUCUUUGCGCUGGUCAUGGCCGUGUACGGCAUCAUUGCCAGGCUGUGCGACGGGAGAGCGUCCGGCCAGAGCCUGGAGCUCCUGGACUCGCUGCACGCGCUGGCGAGGGCGUACAGCGUGCAGGACGACUCGUUGGCGGCGCAGCGCGGCACCUUGACGGAGUACCGCUACUACCUGCUGGAGCCGCUGAGGCGGGCGCACCUCCGCUUCCUGCCGGACGGCCUGGCGGACCGCGAGGACGGCGGCAUCGUGCAGGCUGGCGCCGACCCCGCGGAGAGCGAGGGCAUCCGUGCGCGCGGCAUGGCGUCCAUGAGGUGGGAGCUUGCGGACUUCACCGAAGAGGGCGCGAGUCCUGCUGAGCAAGACUUUCUCGAUAUAGCCAGUCGCCCAAGAUUGCGGGACAAGCCGAAUCCUGGCGGCGUCGUUUUGAGCAGAGGUUAUCAUGUCAAGACGGCCAUGGAGACAAUUAGAGCCAUCGGGUUUAGCAGACAUUUGAGGGCCCAGGCCAAUUUCUUCGAUGCUCUGCAAGAUGCGACUUCCUAUAUGAUGGAGAUUACUGGGGCGUUUGACUUAGAUGCAUCUGAUUAUCCGCUUCUCGAGAAGCAUGAGACGCCAAGUGACAGGAACUUGAGACCGCCGCACCCUGCCAGGGUGCUCAUUGGCGCAUGGCUUCAUGUCUCGGCUCGACAAGCGCUUGCGUUCCUAUGGGUCGUCUUCUUGAUAUGCGGGCCAGCUGUUGAAGAUAUGCGGAGCUUCCUGUCCAAGGUGCGGUCGACGACGACCGACAUGGGCGCGGAGCUCUAUUUGGUCGACUGCGUGGACAUCCUCGACGCUUUCCACAAGCGGUUGGCUGGGCAUCCUGUGCUCGCGCUGGGCGGACAUAUCGACAGAUCUUCGCGGCUGUUGCCAAAUGCGAUUCGUAUUUCGGGGUGGUGUCACAUUUGCAGCAACAUAGUUAAACGACUGGUCCAUCUCGCAGAGAAGUGGCCGCAGUGGUGCAACGCGAUUAGGGACCUGUGCCAUUGUUUUCGCAACUCUUCCUACAGAGUCCACAUGAUCAGGGGGCUGAAGCACAGCGUCCCUGGCGUCGCUAUGUUGCUGAAGAGCUUCACGGCGUCACUCGCGAAGUGGCGGUUCGAGACAUUGGAUGUCGUGUUGUCGCAGCUGCUGAAGUUGAGGACCUUGUGCCAGGAGCACCUCGACGAAACGCUGUUCGAGAAGAUCGGCGACUCUGGCUGGGUCAAGCCCUUUCCCGCAGCAUGUCGGAACAAAGAGCUCUGGGCGUUCAUGUCGGUAUCUCACAAGUUUGUGGUUCACCCGCUUGAGAAGCUGCGACGCUGGGGAUUGGGAUGCGCAUGUCACGACGCUGAGCGGGCGCGUGGCAAGCGCCCCGAGUGCCCGAAGGCUGGGCGGCGCCUGGGCGAAGCUGUCAGCCACCUUUCUGCCCAGCGUGAUGCUAUGCGGGCGAAGAUCCAAGGCGUCGCUCUGGAUGACUGCGAGGGCUCGGGCGACAUGAAGUUGCUAGUCGUUCACAUGCUGCGGAAUGCCUUCGACGAUUUCCAGAAGUUCAGGUAUUUGGAGGUCGUGCCGUGGCGCUUCGCAAUGGCCGGCGAUCCAGGCGAAGCUCGCGAAGUACUCCGCCAAGUCGGUCUUCGGCCAUUGGCGGACCACGACCCAGUGACGAGGCAGAUAUUCAAUGCUUUUGGCGACGACUUGAGGGCUUCAGCCGACGGCGCCCCCUGCUCGCCAGCAUUGGCUGCAGAGUUGCGGGCCCCGCGGAAUUGCCCGCUGGAUGAGCCCCCAGGCGAGGGUUGGCACAGACACGCGAGCUAUGAAAAGCAUCGGGCAACGUGCACGAGGCUGCUGCGCAUCAAGGCGUCGAUCAGGCUGAAGGAAAACUUGGCCAAGGUGAAGCAGUUCGCCCCGAAGCAUAAGUCUGCUGGGCGGGCCGUCGUGGAGUACGAGUGGCGCCAUUACAAGAGAAUACUGCAGGUGCACACGCGGAGGGCUAAGCAGAAUGUCCGGAGUAGAUCGACGAGCGUCUACCACAAGAUUUACAGGAUGGAUGAUGCAGUGACCGACGACUGGGGCAGCUUGGUAAAUAUCGGUGGCCUGCUUCGCAAUGAGUUUGCGCUUGCCACGUUCACGCCAGGCUCGGUGUUCAGCGCGCCGACAAUCCAGAAUGGCACUGCAGAGAACGGUGACGCCGUGGAGGUCGCUGGCACGAGAUUCUCCCAGAUCGUUCGGAAGACCGCGAGCAAAUCGCGCCCUCACCUCGUGCCCACGGUGGAGGAUGCCGACGACCUCAAGCUGACGUCUCCUCUGGUGCUCUACAUUCAAUCCUUGGAGAUAUGGCGAGAUAAUCGUGAUAGCAGUGGCGGCUUGGAGCUCUACUCGGAUUGCGACCCGAUGUGGGUGUUGCCGAGUGACGUAGCACCUGGCAACGUAUUGUUCAGGAGCGUGCAGCGGUGGACGGUCGUGAGUGCUAGCGAAGCGCCGAAGGUCGCUCGCGACUGGAAGGCCGCGGUCGGCGGCGGCGAGAUUUGUUUGAAUGAUUACACGCCGCCUGCUGGCGUUCCUUAUUCCAAUUGGAUUUUCAAAUGCAACCGCCAUGCAGGUUGCGCAAAGAAGAGGAGCGUUAGUGCUGCGCAUAUGAGAAUGUGGGGCCCAGUCGAGAUCCCAGCCUUUCUGCACUGCUGGCGCGACGUAGUGGCCCCGCCAGGCAUGCAGCAUAACAAGGUCAUGCCUUCUGACGAGGACAUUGCUGCUUGGGUCGCAAUGCACGGGGCUGACUUCGCCAGGGAUCACGGUUUAGCCUUGCCCCCUUGA